AUGGCGUCAGCACAUGGAAUCCGGGUUGGUGCUCGGAUUGCCAGUGGCGCCGCUGGCCCUGCUGCUGGUGCUCGGGACCGCCUAAAGGGCGCCCCGAAGUCAAAGGCAAAGGCCUCACCCAAAGCGACCACUGCUGCAAAAGCAAAGAAGUCGCAACCCACCCAACCCACGCAGAGUACGCAAAGUGCACAAAGCACGCAAAGUGCGCAAAGUACGCAACGUUUGCAAGAUGCCAUCACCCAGACCGAGCCUCCCAUUGAAGCUCGAUUGCCUUCGCUUCUGCUUCGCCGGGCAUUAUCCACGAAGACAGAUGAAGGCCUGAUGCCGAUCCAGCAAAGUUCUCGAGCGACACAUGCGACGCUGUCCUCCAGGACAAACCCCCUGGAAGAGAUCUCGAGCCCAGUGCCCAGGCAUCCGUCCUUGCAUGUUCAGAAGCAAGAGUCAGCGAAGUCCGCGAAGUCCAAGUCCGGGCAGUCCGAAAGCGGGUCGGAGGAUGCCCAAGUGCCCUUGGAGAGGUCUCAGUGGGAAUUGGCGUCCCUGGAUCCCAGCAGUUGGCCGAUCUUUGGAGUGAACAGCGAGGGCUUUGCAAGCAUCGGGGUCCGAGACGGCCACAACGGCCUGAUAUCUGAGUCCGACAAGUCGCUGCAGUUCGCCUUGGACCGAGCUGCCCUUGCUUCCAUCACAGAGGGAGAGGCUUCUUUCAACUCUGUGCAGUUCGCAGCAAGCAAUAUGGCAGGAAGCCUUCAAGAGGCCUUGAUGCAGGCCGAGGAAGAGAAUCGCUUGCUGAGGCAGCUGUGCUGGGACCUGAUUGACUUGGGAGGGGAGUUGAAGGACUCCUCUGAUGAGGCGUUCAAGGGUCAGGAUGGCGAGAAUGCCGAGCAGCUCCUCUUUGAGGCCAGGCGGUGUCUCCACCUCCUCGUGCACCGCCGCUUCGAGAGUGCGGAAAAUGCGGAAGCAGAGGCUAAAAAAGCAGAGGCCAAAGCAGAGGCGAAAAUGCAGACAUCGGCGUGCGAUCCGGAAGUGGAUGAUGCUGCGCUGUUCACCAAUGCUGAAGAGAUAGCCCAAGAUACGAGAGAAGUGGCUCAAGAUACAGCCGCCCAAAGAAUUGAACUUUCUGAACACCCUCUCGAAGAGACCGAAGAGGUUCAGUCGCAGGGGGCUCCCACGCACAACACGAUGCUGAAAGACACGACAGAUGAAAGCAUGUGUGAGGCUGCUUCUGGCACUGCGGAUCUGUAUGAGGCACCGGAUGCCUUGGGUAUCAGCGCAACAGAUGGCUCUUCGAAAGUCAUGGAGCUGACUGAGCCCAAUGGACGUCCCAACAAUUCCCUGAGGAUAAGCCCACGCGUUGACAAGCCUGCAAGGGCAGAGCCAAGGGCGGAAGCAAGGGCGGAGCGGACUGAAGAUCACCUUCAAUUGGGUCAGUUUGUGAGCCCUCGAUGCCACAACCUCAGUCCACCGGCAACAGCCCGCUUCUCACCUCCCUUGAGGUCACCACGCAACCUGAUAAGCCCCUCAGUUCCUUCAGUCCCUUCGGUGCCUGCGUUGCUUUCGGUGCCUUCAGUGCCUUGGUCAUUGCCUUCAUCACUGCCUUCGUCGCUGUCUCGCUCGCUCACCUGCCCGGUGAAUUGCAGCCCUCUGCGUGUGCAGCGUGGCCACAGCCUGGUGGCGCCGCCUUUUUUCGGUGACAAGGCUGACAAGGCGGCCGUUUGCGCUGAACCGUUGACAAGGACGGUCUCACCGCUGGGCGCGCCAAGGAUCGUCUCACCGCUUCGUGCAACAAGGAUGGCCUCGCCGCUUCGUGCACAUUCCCCACCACAAGUCUGGGCAGCAGCUCCAUUGGCCCCGGCAGCUCCAGCUGUUGGAGCCAAUGGAGUUCCUGGCCCAGCAUGGCAGCGGCAGUUUCAAUGCCCUCGAGCUUGGCCGCCUCCUUUCCUGGAUGGCCGGCACUGGGUCACGAGGAGCACCGCGUGA